CACUGCUGUCAAGUUUUCUAGCAGUUUUCUCAGCAAGGUGUUUUCGUAGGUUUUUGCCAGUGAAAAAAUCUGCUAAAUUUUCUCAUUUUUUUUGCUAUUUGUCUCCACUUGGCAAACUUAAACGAUAGAAUAAUAGAUAAACUACUACAUUAGGUAGCAUAUUCUAUAGAAAUUGCAUCUAACCAUACUUAAUAAGUGCUUUUUUCUUGGCGAGCAAAGUUUGUUUUUUUCUUUCGCUAAAGUGCUAGAAUUUUGCUGGCAUCUGGCACUAGAAUUUUUCUCAAAAACAAAAGAUGAACACGACCAAUUCAGUCGCGAAUUACGAGAUGGAAGACAUUAUUGUAACUGCCCUGGGAUUGGACAAGAUAAAGUGCCCACAAUGCAGAAAGCGCUUUGCUACCCCUGAAGAAGUUGAGGAGCAUCAGAAGGUCCAUAUGAUGACGUACUUUUGUGACGAAUGUCUCAAGUCCUUUACCACUCAGGGAGGCUUCUGGAAACACAUGAAGACGCACUCGGAUGACCGACCGUACGUCUGUAGCAGCUGCAACAAGAGCUUCACGCAGGCAGCCAAUCUGCAGAGGCAUCAGACUGUCCACACGGGCCAAAAGCCAUAUCAAUGUAACAUCUGCAAGAAGAAAUUCAGCCAGAAUGCAAAUGCUCAGAAGCAUAUGCUGCUUCACACGGGCAAGAAGCCCUACAGGUGCUCUACUUGCGACAAGGCAUUUGCGCAGCAGGCCAACCUCACGAAGCACGAAAGGAUUCAUUCCGGGGAGAAGCCAUACACUUGUCAUAUUUGUAAUAAGAAAUACGCUCAGCUUUCCAACAUGCAGAAGCACCUCGUGGUGCACUCCAAGAUCGGCUCAAAGCACUUCUCGAAGUACAUCAACGUUGUAGAAAUUCCCAAAGACGACGAUGAGGUGAUAGUGGAAGUGGAGACGGAAGAACUGAUAGUACUAAGUGGCGAUGAAGAAAUCAAGAAAACACCAGUCAAGAGGGUUCGCACGAAAAAGGCAAAAAACACCUAAGAAAUACGAAUGAAAGUUGAAUAAAUCCGUUUGAAUUCUUAAAUUUAUUCCUUUUUAUUGAAAUUACAACAGUAAUUUGUAUUUUCAAUAAUAAAAGUAUUAAAAUCUCUCUGACUAAACAUUUAAAAUCUCUCUCAUUUAUCUACUUUUCAGUGUUUCUCUGUUUUGCUUCUUCGGUUAUACAUUUUUUUUCAUGUUUGCUCUUUUGCACAGUUUUUCGUGUAUUUUUAUCAUCUAACCUUUUCACCUUGCGCCUUUCCAUAUUAAAAAAAAAGAUCGUUCCUUGUUUUUUUUAAAGAUUGUGAAUUUCUUGUUGGGAGGAAAAAUUUGGUGAAAUAUUUUUGUUUAGGGAAAAAUUUGGUUAUGCUUCAUUACAAAAAUUCUUUUUUUGGCAAUUUUUAUUUUUCAAGAAUUUACGUUUUGUCGUGAAAAAAAAUGACAGCGGAUCAAGAAUUUUCAAUGCAAAUGUCCGUUAGACCGCCAUCUUGGAUUUGAUCAAAAAGGUGAAAUUUUGAAUAAAGAAACGACGUGCUUUCGUGUUUUGAAAGGAGACGUGAUUUAUUAUUUUUUUCUUUUUUUUCUCUUUUUUAACUAUAUAAAUUUUUGGAAAUCUUGUGAAGAAUUCCAUUUUCAUCAAUAAAUUAAUUAUAUGAUAAUUACUCAUUCAAAGUGUGUAACUUUUAUUUUAUUACACUAAAAUGACGUGUGAUUUAUUUUUCUUUUUCUUUCGUGUGGACAUGGAAUUGGACAAAAAUUUACAAUAUUUAUUUUUUUUCUUUAAAUUUACUUAUAAUUUUUUUGUUUUUCAAAAAUAAUCCCAUGCCUCUUUGUUAUCAAAUAUCAAUUUCUAAUCAGCCAAUAAAAAGAGAGGGAUUUAUUAAUUUUUUUU